UUCCUAGUUAACCUGCCUGUACUGGUAAAAGACAGAACGAGGAAAAGGGAAAGAAAGAAAUUUAAUUCAAAUACAAAUUUACUAAUUUCGCAGGUGUUUGUUUUCGUGUUCUUGCAAGUUCGAAUCGGAGCAGAGUUGCUGCUGUCGCCAUUACUGUGUACAUACGGAAAUGCUGAAUUGUUGAAUGGUGAAUAUGGUUUAUGGGUUUUGAAGUAGUUUCGGUUUGACUCGAGGUUUCCUAAUCUAAGUCUGAAAUCAACCUUGUCAAGAUGGGAAAGUCUCCAGGAAAAUGGAUCAAGGGUAUUCUUUUUGGCAAAAAGACAUCCAAGUCUAAUUUGUCUAAAGGAAGAGAACUCUCUAAAUCUGCAAGUGAGAAACCUGCCCGAGUUUCCUCCAAGGAAUCCAUAUCCACUUUGACAGUUGAUGCGCCAUUAAUUUCCAACUCAGUUCCUGGUACUAUCAUCGAUAGAAUAGAGAACUCAAGCUUUGACGAAGGAGUGGCUGCAAAAUUGGCAAGUGAUGAGCUAGUUUCCUCUUCCACAAAGCAAGAUGGAGAUAUACCAUUGGAUCCUGGUCUACCAAAUGAUUCAGAGCAGAUUAGGCUUGAGGAAGCUGCUACAGUUGUGCAAGCCUCUUUCAGGGGUUACCAGGCUCGCCGUGCUUUUCGAACUCUUAAGUGCAUCAUAAGGCUGCAAGCUGUUAUUCGUGGUCGUUUGGUCCGGAGACAGGCUGUUGCUACAUUAUUUUGUGUGCAAGGUAUUGUCAAAUUUCAAGCAAUUGCCCGAGGUUACAUGGUUAGGCGCUCUAAUAUUGGAAAUGGACAGUGUAGAAGACAAAAUCUUGUUUUGCAGGAUGCCAAACAUUGCCCAACUGGUAAUUCAUUGAAGAAUGCUUUCAUUUAUGGGCUGUUUCAGCUACUAUCUUCCUCACCAACUGCUAAGCCACUAUGCCUGCAGUAUAGACCAGGAGAACCAAAUUCUGCAUGGGACUGGCUGCUUAGGUGGUCAAUUUCACAAGUUUGGGCACCUUAUCCUAAACAGAAGGAAACUUGCGAGUCGGAGCUUCAAAUAGUUGAAACAGAGCAAAAUAAGCCAAAAGGCAACAACCGGAAAGUGCGCUCUGCAACUGUUGGAACUGACCUUAAUCAUGCCCACACUGACACAGAAAAACUUAAGCAGAAAGGAAGGAAAUUAUCUAGUCAGUCAGUCAAAUCUGGUCAGGAGCAUCAACAAAGUGCAAACAACAAAGUUAAGCAUGGGCUAAAGAAAAUUCAGAAACCCACUGGUGAAAUAUCUAAUGAGGCUGAAAUUGAUGAUAAGAAACCGAAAAGAUUUCAGGUGAAGCUAUCAAAAUCUCCAGCUCCAAAGUUUUCUGAGCAAACAUCUAAUACUCCAACCGAGAAACCCGUGGAGAAUUUAGCAGAAGCUUCUGAAGAAAAUGAUGUGAAAUCAAGUUUAGAACUUCCAGGAGCAAAUAGCCCUGUCAACUUGGAUUCUGAAGAGCUUCCUAAGCCCAUCAGUGACAAAAGCCAAGAUACUUGUCAGGGAGAUACGGACUUCAAGGAUGAGUGCGUCAGCAGUGAGAACUAUAAAUCCGGCCGGAGAACUUCUUUAUCAUCUAAAAAUGAUGAUCAAGAUGUCGCUCCUGAGAACGGAUUAAAGGUACCGAGUUACAUGGCAACAACUGCAUCUUCCAAGGCCAAGGUCAAAUUGCAAGGCUCCCCCAGGUUUGCACAAGAUAUAGUUGAUAAGAAUGGUCUUGCGAGGCGCCAUUCUUUGCCAUCUUCCACUAGUGGAAAACUGAGUUCCUCACCAAGAGUCAGGCUGGUUCAAGCUAACGGCAGAGAAGGAAACAAAAUUGACAGAGCUCUGUCCUCUUCAAGAGAUGUUACUGAUAAGGUCAUUCAAGUAGACUGGAAGAGGUAACUUUGUAGAGAAAGGGCUCAUUGGCUGGAGGUGCGGUAGCGAACUUUACUGACUGCCCAUUUCCGAGGUGCCUAAAUGCAAAUGAGUGUGUUGGACAUGAUAGCAGUCGCGGUCAUGUGAUGAACAGAACCAAGAUUUGUGGCGGUGCUGCAUGUUUUCUCUUCUUUCCCUUUUUCUUGGUUUUUAGUUCCCUGAGUUGCAGCAGGUGCUUACAUGAUUGUAAUCGACUCUGUAGAACAAAAAAACAGUGAUGAUCCAGGAGGUGUGGAUACACAGUGUAUUUCCUAGUUUUCGGAGUUUGGAGUAGCUUUUGAGUUACAUGCACCACAAAUUCCCUUGUUUUUGUU